CUAUUGAGUCCAUUGAGAGGAGGGCGUCACUGACUGGCUGGAUACAGAUGAUAGUAAUGAAUGAACAGAGGUGGGUCACUGCAGUGUAAUAUUGUUUACUAAAGGUGCAGAUGCGGCGGACCAUGAGUGGAAUACUGAAGCGGAAAUUUGAGGAGGUGGAAGCCUCCUCCUCCCCGUACUCUUCCUUGCGGGAGUCUGAUGAUGAGGUCUCCUGCAGUGAGAGUGGGGAUAGCAGUGACAGUGUCAACCCCUCUGCCUCAGCCCCUUUCACCCCUGACUCAAUAUUGAAGAGAGAGAAGCGCCUGCGGACGAGGAGGGUGCAUUUUGAGAAUGUGACCGUGUUCUACUUCAGUCGGCGGCAGGGCUUCACCAGCGUGCCCAGCCAGGGAGGCAGCACGCUGGGCAUGUCCAACAGGCAUAGCUGGAUCAGGCAGUACUCCCUGGGGGAAUUUGCUAUGGAGCAGGAGAGGAUCCACAGAGACAUGCUCAGAGAUCACCUGAAGGAGGAGAAGCUUCAUUCAAUUAAACUCAAGCUGACUAGGAAUGGCACGGUGGAGACUGAAGAGGCCAACACGCUCACGGCAGAGGACAUUUCUGACGAUGACAUUGAUCUGGACAACACAGAGGUAGACGAGUACUUCUUCCUGCAGCCACUCACCACUAAAAAGCGCCGAGCACUGCUGCGCUCCUCUGGGGUAAAAAAGAUUGACGUGGAAGAGAAACAUGAACUGCGGGCUAUCCGGAUGUCCAGAGAGGACUGCGGCUGUGAUUGCAGAGUCUUCUGUGACCCGGAGACAUGUGCCUGCAGCAUCGCGGGGAUCAAGUGCCAGGUGGACCGCAUGUCUUUUCCUUGUGGCUGCACAAAAGAGGGCUGCACCAAUUCAACUGGGAGAGUGGAGUUCAAUCCCAUCCGUGUUCGGACCCACUUUUUGCACACCAUAAUGAAGCUGGAGCUGGAGAAGAGCCGUGAGCAGCAGCAAGCGUCCCCCACCAACGGUUACCAUGGCGAAACUAACGACCUGGGAAGUGCAAACCCUCUGGUUCAGUCCCAGCACAGGUUGGAGUACUCCCUGUCAGACGCCGUUCCACAGACGGCCGUCAUGCACCUGCAGGCUGCGGACGAGAUGGAGCAGACGCCAGAUGACGACGAGGAGGAGGAUGAAGAAGACGAGGAGGAGGAAGAGGAGAACGAGGAAGACGACGAGGACGAGGAGGACAGUAGCAGUUUCCUGUCUGACUCCAGCACCCAAAGCUUAGCCAACAGCGACUCUGAGGAUGAGGAUGAUGAAGAUGAAGAGAAGAAGUCCAAGACCUUUCAGGGUGACAUGACGACCCCGUCAGUGUCUCUUACUGACGUUGUCCCCUUGUCCUCUUUGCUGUGUUACAGCAAUGGCUCUGUGGCUCACGACCACCACAUGAGCGGAAGCACUUAUUUAAUGAACUCCUCUUCAGCUGAGUACUAUCAGCUGGGGAGCUCCAGUGCCGUGUCCAACGGCCAAACCAGCGGGCCCAGUGAACCCUACGGGGAAGGCUUAGCGUUCCAAGAUCCAGUGACCACGAACAACGGCAACACGGCCCAAGGACCAUUCAACAUGUCUGCCGGGCAGUACACCGAUUACUCGAAUCAGACUGAAGAGCAGUACACAGCGAAUCAGCAUUUCACGCUGACCAACGGCGCUCCUGCCGCCCCCUUGACCUGCUACACAUCCGAUCAGGAGGAGAAGGGGUUGUCGAAAGCAGCUUUUGUGGAGCAGCCGGACACCCAGAACCAGACGCAGUAUAAAAACUACUUGAACAAUAGCACACAGGGUUCAUACAGCAGCUCAUGUAUGACAGCUGAACAGCCACACCAAGAGUCCGGUGUUAACGGCCAUUCUGACCUGAGCUUACUAGGAAACAGCACUAACAACCUCCCUUUACCAGACCAUUGCCCUGAGGUCACAGCCAUUUAGUGGGCCUCACCUUUUGAAGUGUUCUUUCAUCCUCACAUCUUCACUUGAGCCUGACCUAGUGGUAUUUUAAGGGAGCAAAGUCAUGGUCUUUUUUGUGUGCAUUAUCUGACCUGAGCAAUUUACAGCACCGGAGUGCAUUCUCAUCUGUAUCUAUAAAGCCACAGGGUCACGAUGGAAAUGUUUUAAUUAUUUGUUCCGGUGGGUUCCUCCAUGACAGCGUGUGCUAAACUGCAAGAUGGAAAAGAUAAAAAAACUAAAACUAAAACUGUUUUUUUUCAACAUCAAUUAUGUCAUGCUGUGCAAUGUAUCUUGUAAUUUCAGAUAUGAUGUUCUAGUUUGAAGUAGAUAUUGUACUGUAGAUGGAGAUUUUUUUAUGUCUACUGUAUGUGUCAAAUGUGCAAAAAGGUUUAUUAUCAGUUUAUUGUUUCUGAAUUAUGUGUAUAUUUCAUAUUGUAAAUGUUUUGAUAACAAUAUGCAUGCUGUUUCAGGAAUCUCAGUGACAUUUAGGAAAAAAGAAUUGCCAUUGUUUUAUAUAAAUGUGUUGUGUACAUAAUGUACAUUUCUCUUCUUCUUUUUGUCACUAUUAUAUGCUUUUCUAUGGUUUUGAAAAGCAUGAAAAACCUGAAUUCUUAUUUGUUUGUAUGGAAUACAAUAUCAAAAGCUUAAAAUAUCAAGAAAUCAAUUCCCAGCAUUUUGGACUUAUGACUGGGGUCCAGUGGCAUGCAGUUGAUCUUAACUGAUGAACAAUCGAACUGUGAACAAAUAUGGCCCCUAACUUGUUUUAUGUCUCCACUGUUCACUCUUAGAAUACCAUGGUCUGCAGGUGCCACUACAAAUAUAGAUGAAUUAUUUGAACCAUCUUAUUGAUACAGGGAUAUUAAUAAUGUAGCACUUUGACAUAUCUCCAAAAGUAUGAGAAGCUUUUAGAGAAGAUUCUCAAUAAAGUGGAAUGAGAUUUCAUUUGUUAUUGUACCUAAACCAUUAGUUUAAUACAAAAUAUGCCACAGCUCUGCUAAUUGUAUAUGGGGGAAGCAAAUGUUCAAGGUUGACAAUCAAAGCUUAUUAUCAAACCUGAUUCAUAUCAGUAAUUAACAGCUACACAAUGACUCUGGAUUCCCAUGAGCCAUUGAUUAUGACUUAACAGCCAGAUUGAAGAAAAGUGUUAACCAAAAAUCAUUAAAAAAUCUUUUAAGAGAUCUUUAUAAAGUCACUGACAAAAAGGAAAUUGGGGUGACCGCUCAACAACUGGGGGUCUGCAAUAAUUCAGCGAAUAGAGCGACUGUAACAUGUUGCUGACGUUCUUUACCUUGAGCGCUCUGUUCCUGCAUGCAUACAGAUAUCUGUCCCUCUUUCAAGCUUGCAAAUAUCUGCACACAUUUUAUAAUCAGAAGAGUACCAGAGUGUCAGUGGUUCUGUGUGACUGUCGAGUAGCUGGGACCACUCAUGCUACAAAAGAAGUGGACAGACGGCUUUCCAGAAAUCAGUGGCCUCAACAUAGCUUACAGUACAGAUCAAUUGUGCCAAAGCAUACAGUGUGAGAAGGCUAGAUACAAUAACCCUGCAUCCAGCUAAGAAUCCUGUGUUGGCUUCUUGUUUUCCAGUAUUUAUUAUGAACGAUAUAUUAAAAUAUGUAUUUAUUGUGGUUUACUAUAAAGUCUGUAUUGAGUAAAUUGCUUCACUAUCUUAGAAUCGUCUUUUGUUUCAUGCUGGUUGUGAGUUGUAAAGCUUCAUGUGCCUGAUUUAUUUAUAUUUCUUAUUCUGUAAAAUGCAAACAUUUGCACAAAAGGGUACCAUUUUUUGUCCAAUGUGUUUGAUUUUCCAACAACAGAUAGAGCAAACCUAAUUUUCUGUUGUUUUAUUUUUAACAUGGCUUUGAAAUAAAUUUGAUUCAAAUUUCAA